AUAUAGACAAGGUUACAACCAAAGAAUGAAAGAAUUAGUAUGAAGAAAGGAAAAUACAUGGCGAGUGAGGAGGAGGAGGAAAGAGGAACCGAGGAACCACUUAGUCCAGUUUCCCGGCUACUCAGUUCACCUGAACUAUGUGCCGUCAUUGUGGUAACACUAGGGUUGAAAACUAGAUGCAACAUAUCCUCAGUUGUUGCAGGCAUCAAGGAGUCAUUGAUUAAGCUCCCUCGCUUCUCUUGUAAACUGGACAUGGAUAGUAAAAAUAAAAAGAAAGGAGAACCAGUUUGGGUUCCCGUCAGAAUUCAAGUAGAAAGUCAUGUAAUUGUUCCAGAUCUAGAUCAUGUCAACCUAGAAAAUCCUGAGGAUUUCAUAGAAGAUUAUUGUUCUACCAUAGCCAAUACUUCAAUGGACAUGUCCAUACCACCAUGGGAGUUUCACGUGUUAAACCUAAAGACUUCAAAUGCAGAAUCUGUGGGUAUAGUAAAAUUUCAUCAUUCUUUGGGGGAUGGAAUGUCUCUUAUGUCACUUUUACUCGCUUGUUCGCGAAAAACAUCAGACCCCAACGCACUUCCUACUAUUGCUGCUACAACAAAAAAACAUCAAAAAUCUAAUGAUAAGGGUUGGUGGUUUAUUGGUAGCGGAUUUUGGUAUAUGAUAAGAUUCAUCUUCAUCAAUUUUGUUGAAGUGUUUAAAUUUGUGCUUACAUUAUGUUUCCUACGAGACACCAAAAGUGAUCUUUCGAGUGAAUUCAUGGAUGGAAUUCAACCUAAGAAAGUUAUCCAUCGGAUAAUAAACUUUGAUGAUGUCAAGUUGGUGAAGAACAUAAUGCAAAUGAAGGUAAAUGAUGUUCUUCUUGGAAUGACACAAGCAGGUCUCUCAAGAUAUUUGAGUAGAAAAUAUGCAGAUGAAGAUACUACGACCGAGAAGAAAAAAGUCUUAGACAGAAUUCAUCUUCGUGGUACUGUAGCUGUAAACUUAAGACCAUAUACAAAAAUCCAGGAUCUGGACAAUGUGAUGACGAAAGGUGCAAAGUGUACAUGGGGAAACUUUGUAGGUCUCGUUAUAUUUCCUCUGUGGAUAAGAUCAGAAGAUGAUCCGUUAGAAUAUGUCCGACAAGCCAAAGCUACUAUGGAUAAGAAAAAACUUUCUUUAGAAGCAUUUAACUUUUACGGAGUCAUCAAACUCAAUAUGAAGUUUUUUGGAGAAAAGGUAGUACAAGCUAUUUCAAAGAGGUUAUUCGAUCAUACAACAUUGACAUAUUCAAAUAUGAUGGGUCCAGAUGAAGAAAUAAGUAUAUUUGACCAACCAAUAUCUUACCUCGCAGCAAGUGCAUUAACAGGAUCUCAACCCCAGUCAAUUUCUAAAAUAUCAAUUUAUGCCACCUCUUUCUCUCUUCGCCGAAGAUCCUUUCUGAUCGUCAAAAUUCUCAUGGAAUUUGAAUCCGAGGAUGCGGCCAAGAUGUUCUACGACGAUUACUCUAGAAGUUUAGGGUUUGUGAUGCGUGUAAUGUCUUGUCGGAGAUCCGAGAGAGAUGGCAGAAUCCUUGCCCGGAGAUUCGGUUGUAAUAAAGAAGGUCGAUGUGUUAGUGUCCGUGGCAAGUCUGGUUCUGUCAGGAAACCAAGACAGAGCACGAGAGGAGGACUUGUAAGGCUAUGUGAUUCAUGUUAAGUACGACCGGUCUGGUAACAUACUAAUUUCAAAAUGUUAUGAUUCUUUUUGCCAUAUAGUUUUAAUUUUCUACAUUUAAAAUGAAUAUUACCCAACUUUAAACAAACUUUCAAUCUGGUAAAUAUUGUUUAUUUUGUUCUA